AAGAAGCAAUGGCGAAAGGAAGCAACAAGUUAACGAAGCUCUUGUCAGUUUUAAAGAAGCUCAAUUCAUUCAACAACAAGCAGAGCCGCUGUCCGAUGUCGACGGCCGCCGUGGCAGCUUCCGACAUCAUCUACGACAGCGAAGAAUCGUCGGCCAAUCUCCACCCCGUCUUCGUCGGGAAAUCCCGGAGACGCUACCUCAUUAGCUCCGACGUUAUCCACAACCCUCUGUUCCGUGAACUCGCGGGACGGUCGACGUCGUCGGGCGGAAACGACACGGCGCCGGAGGUCAAUGUGUCGUGCGAGGUCGUCCUGUUCGAGCACUUGCUUUGGAUGCUCGAAAAUGCCGACCCUCAACCCGAGUCAUUGGAGGAGCUUGUCGAGUUUUACGCUUGCUGAUUGUUUCACGUGGCGCGGAUCGUAAGUCGUACAUUAAUCAUGUGAUAACGACAUGAUUACUGGGCGAUGUUAGAAAGAAACAGAGUUGAGUUCAUUUAAACGGUGAGGAUUUAACCGGGUUCUCGCCGGCGGCCGCCUCGUCUGUCAGCCCAAUGGUGGAGGUGGUGGGUUUAGAUUUGUUUAUCAUUGUUGCUCAUUGUCGUUUAAUAAUUUUUUCCAUAUAAUAUGUAAGAGAGUAAUGCUAUUUUUUUUCUUUC